AUGGAACUGCCCUUUGGGUCCGUGGAAACUCCCAACUUCCGUCGGUUUACUCCCGAAUCACUGGUGGAGAUUGAGAAGCAAAUCGCUGCCCACCAGGCAGCCAAGAAAGUCAAAGACAGACACAGGAAGGAGAAGGACCGGGAAGAGAAGCCCCGGCCCCAGCUGGAUUUGAAGGCUUGCAACCAGCUGCCCACGUUCUAUGGUGAGCUCCCAGCAGAGCUGGUCGGGGAGCCCCUGGAGGACCUAGACCCCUUCUACAGCACACACCGGACAUUCAUGGUGCUGAAUAAAGGAAGGACGAUUUCCAGGUUCAGUGCCACUCGGGCCCUGUGGCUGUUCAGUCCCUUCAACCUGAUCAGAAGAACGGCCAUCAAAGUGUCUGUCCACUCAUGGUUCACUGUGUUCAUUACCGUCACUAUUUUGGUCAAUUGCGUGUGCAUGACCCGAACUGAUCUUCCAGAGAAAAUCGAGUAUGUCUUCACUGGCAUCUAUACCUUCGAAGCUUUGAUUAAGAUCCUGGCGAGAGGAUUCUGUCUAAAUGAAUUCACUUACCUGCGGGACCCUUGGAACUGGCUGGACUUUAGCGUCAUCACCCUGGCAUACGUUGGUGCAGCAAUUGAUCUCCGCGGGAUCUCGGGCCUGCGGACCUUCCGGGUCCUGCGAGCUCUGAAGACAGUCUCUGUGAUCCCAGGGCUGAAAGUCAUUGUGGGGGCCCUGAUCCACUCGGUGAGGAAGCUGGCUGAUGUGACCAUCCUCACCAUCUUUUGUCUGAGUGUCUUUGCCCUGGUGGGCCUGCAGCUCUUCAAGGGAAACCUCAAAAACAAAUGUGUCAGGAAUGACAUGGAAGUGGUCACUAAUGACUCAUUUAAAGUGGAAGGUAAAGAUCUCUACAUGAUCAAGCAGGGCACCACUGAGCCCUUACUGUGUGGCAAUGGAUCGGAUGCCGGCCACUGCCCCAGUGGUUACGUCUGCCGUAAAACUUCCGACAACCCGGAUUUUAACUACACCAGCUUUGAUUCUUUUGCCUGGGCUUUCCUCUCACUCUUCCGCCUCAUGACACAGGAUUCCUGGGAACGCCUCUACCAGCAGACACUCAGGGCCUCGGGGAAAAUAUAUAUGGUCUUUUUCGUGCUCGUCAUCUUCCUGGGAUCUUUCUACCUGGUCAACUUGAUCUUGGCUGUGGUCACCAUGGCAUAUGAGGAGCAGAACCAGGCGACGGUGGCGGAGAUCGAAGCCAAGGAGAAGAAGUUCCAGGAGGCGCUCGAGGUGCUGCAGAAAGAGCAGGAGGUGCUUGCUGCCCUGGGGAUCGAUACAGCCUCGCUCCACUCACACAAUGGAUCACCUUUAGCCUCCAAAGCCACCAGUGAGAGAAGGCAGAAAGUAAAAUCAAGAGUGUCAGAGGGCUCCACGGACGACAACCGCUCACCCCAAUCCGAACCUUACAACCAGCGCAGGAUGUCUUUUCUAGGCCUUUCUUCUGGGAGACGCCGGGCUAGCCAUGGCAGCAUGUUCCAUUUUCGAGCCCCUGAUGGGAUCACAGAUGAUGGAGUUUUUCAUGGAGACCAUGAAAGCCAUCGGAGCUCCCUGAUUCUGGGCAGGGGUGCUGGACAGCAAGGUCAUCUCCCCAGGAGCUCACUGCUUCAACUCUCCAACCCUGGCUCCCAGCAUGGAGAAGACAGACAGCCCACGCUGGCCACUGGCGAGUUUGAUCCUGUAGCCACUGAAUCCUCGGCAUUCGAUGCAGGACAGAAGAAGAACUUCUUGUCAGCAGAAUACUUGAACGAACCUUUCCGAGUCCAAAGGGCCAUGAGUGUUGUCAGUAUCAUGACUUCCGUCAUCGAGGAACUCGAGGACUCUGAAUUCAGAUGCCCACCUUGCCUGAUCAGAUUGGCUCAGAAGUAUCUGAUCUGGGAGUGCUGUCCCAAGUGGGUGAAGCUCAAGACGCUUCUCUUUGAGCUGGUGACAGACCCCUUUGCGGAGCUCACCAUCACCUUGUGCAUCGUGGUGAAUACUGUGUUCAUGGCCAUGGAGCACCACCACAUGACGGACGCCUUCGAAGCCAUGCUCCAGAUUGGCAACAUUGUCUUUACCGUGUUUUUUACUGCUGAGAUGGUCUUCAAAAUCAUCGCCUUCGACCCUUACUACUACUUCCAGAAGAGGUGGAAUAUCUUCGACUGCAUCAUCGUCACCAUGAGCCUCUUGGAAUUGAGCAUGGCCAAGAAGGGGAGCUUGUCCGUGCUUCGGACCUUCCGCUUGUUGCGAGUCUUCAAGCUGGCCAAGUCCUGGCCGACCUUGAACACGCUCAUCAAGAUCAUCGGCAACUCGGUGGGGGCCCUGGGGAACCUCACCUUCAUCCUGGCCAUCAUCGUCUUCAUCUUCGCCCUGGUUGGCAAGCAGCUUCUUGGAGAUGACUACCGCGACCACAGGAAGGCCAUCACCGGGUCCGAUGGCGAGUGGCCCCGCUGGCACAUGUUCGAUUUCUUCCACUCCUUCCUCAUCGUCUUCCGGAUCCUCUGCGGAGAGUGGAUCGAGAACAUGUGGGCCUGCAUGGAGGUCAGCGAGAAGUCCAUAUGCCUCGUCCUCUUCCUGACGGUGAUGGUGCUGGGGAAUCUAGUGGUGCUCAACCUGUUCAUCGCCCUGCUGCUGAACUCGUUCAGCGCCGACAACCUGACGGCGCCCGAGGAGGACGGGGAGGUGAACAACCUGCAGGUGGCGCUCGCCCGCAUCCGCGUGUUGGGCCGCCGCGCCAGGCGGGCGGUGGGCAGCUUCCUCACCAGGCUCUGCGGGCUCCCCUGGCCCAAGGUGGGGCUCCAGCUGGUGGCCAAGCCCCCACCCACGGGCCCCAAAGCGGAGGAUCGCAUCGCUGCCCAUGCUGCUGCGGUUAGUCCCGUGCCACCGGCUCCCACCAGCCCCAAGCAGGACCAGGGUGACUUGCUCACCAACCCUAACAUGUGGGUCUCUGUGCCCAUCGCGGAGGGCGAAUCCGAUCUCGAGGAAGAGGAGGAAGAGGAUGGUGAGCAGGGCGCCGGGAGCGCCUGCCAGGAAGUGAGUCCCAAAGGACAGCAGAGUUUACUACAGCAAGGAGAGAGCUCUGAGGACCAGCUGCCACCCAGGAGCCCAGGCUCUGGGACAUCCUCUGAGGACCUGGCUCCAUACCUGGGGGACAGGUGGCAAGAUGCAGCUGCCCUUCAGGUCCCUGCUGAGGGAGUGGGUGACACAAGUUCCUCCGAGGGGAGCACAGUGGACUGUCCAGAUCCAGAUGAGAUUCUGAAAAAGAUCCCCGAGCUGGCCGGUGAGCUGGAGGAACCGGAGGACUGCUUCACGGAAGGCUGCACUCGCCGCUGUCCCUGUUGCAAAGUGAACACCAGCAAGUUUCCGUGGGACGUGGGCUGGCAGGUGCGCAAGACCUGCUUCCGCAUCGUGGAGCACAGCUGGUUCGAGAGCUUCAUCAUCUUCAUGAUCCUGCUCAGCAGCGGGGCACUGGCCUUUGAAGAUUACUACCUCGACCAGAAGCCCACUGUGAAGGCCUUGCUGGAGUACACGGACAGAGUGUUCACCUUCGUCUUUGUGUUCGAAAUGCUGCUCAAGUGGGUGGCCUAUGGCUUCAAGAAGUACUUCACCAAUGCCUGGUGCUGGCUCGACUUCCUCAUCGUGAAUAUCUCGCUCACGAGCCUCAUAGCGAAGAUCUUGGAAUACUCAGACAUGGCAUCUAUCAAGGCCCUGCGGACCCUCCGUGCCCUGCGGCCACUGCGGGCUCUGUCUCGAUUUGAAGGCAUGAGGGUGGUGGUGGACGCCCUGGUGGGCGCCAUACCCUCCAUCAUGAACGUCCUCCUGGUCUGCCUCAUCUUCUGGCUCAUCUUCAGCAUCAUGGGCGUGAACCUGUUCGCGGGCAAGUUCGGGAGGUGCGUCAACACCACUCAUCAGCCGUUUGCUCUUGUGAACUGGACGAUCGUGAACAACAUGUCCGACUGCCAGAAUCAAAACGACACUGGCCGCUUCUUCUGGGACAACGUGAAGGUCAACUUUGACAACGUGGCCAUGGGCUAUCUCGCCCUGCUUCAGGUGGCAACCUUUAAAGGCUGGAUGGACAUCAUGUAUGCGGCUGUUGAUUCCCGAGAUGUGGACCUUCAGCCCAAGUGGGAGGACAAUGUGUACAUGUACUUGUAUUUUGUCAUCUUCAUCAUUUUCGGUGGCUUCUUCACGCUGAACCUCUUUGUUGGGGUCAUAAUCGACAACUUCAACCAACAGAAGAAAAAGAUAAGGGGCCAGGACAUCUUCAUGACGGAGGAACAGAAGAAGUAUUACAACGCCAUGAAGAAGCUGGGCUCCAAGAAACCCCAGAAACCCAUCCCGCGGCCUCUGAACAAGUACCAGGGCUUCGUCUUCGACGUCGUGACCAGGCAAGCUUUCGACAUCGCCAUCAUGGUCCUCAUUUGCCUCAACAUGAUCACCAUGAUGGUGGAGACGGACGAUCAGAGUGAGGAAAAGACCCGCGUCCUGGGCAGGAUCAACCAGUUCUUCGUGGCCGUGUUCACGGGCGAGUGCGUGAUGAAGAUGUUCGCCCUGCGGCAGUAUUACUUCACCAACGGCUGGAACGUGUUCGACCUCAUCGUGGUCGUCCUGUCCAUCGGCAGUCUGAUAUUUUCUGCAAUCCUUUCAUCCCUUGCAAGUUACUUCUCCCCGACGCUCUUCCGGGUCAUCCGCCUGGCCCGCAUCGGCCGCAUCCUCAGGCUGAUCCGCGCGGCCAAGGGCAUCCGCACGCUGCUCUUUGCGCUCAUGAUGUCCCUGCCCGCCCUCUUCAACAUCGGCCUCCUGCUCUUCCUCGUCAUGUUCAUCUACUCCAUCUUCGGCAUGGCCAACUUCGCCUACGUCAAGUGGGAGGCCGGCAUCGACGACAUGUUCAACUUCCAGACGUUCGCCAACAGCAUGCUGUGCCUCUUCCAGAUCACCACGUCGGCCGGCUGGGACGGCCUGCUCAGCCCCAUCCUCAACACGGGGCCCCCCUACUGUGACCCCAACCUGCCCAUCAGCAGUGGCACAAGAGGAGACUGCGGGAACCCAGCUGUGGGCAUUGUCUUCUUCACCACCUACAUCAUCAUCUCCUUCCUCAUCGUGGUCAACAUGUACAUUGCGGUGAUCCUGGAGAACUUCAACGUGGCCACCGAGGAGAGCACGGAGCCCCUGGGCGAGGACGACUUCGACAUGUUCUACGAAACCUGGGAGAAGUUCGACCCUGAGGCCACCCAGUUCAUCGCCUUUUCCGUCCUCUCGGACUUCGCCGACACCCUCUCUGGUCCUCUAAGGAUCCCAAAACCUAACCAGAAAAUAUUAAUCCAAAUGGACCUGCCCUUGGUGCCUGGAGAUAAGAUCCACUGCUUGGAUAUCCUUUUCGCCUUCACAAAAAAGGUCUUGGGGGAAUCUGGGGAGUUAGAUUCUCUGAAGACAACCAUGGAGGAGAAGUUUAUGGCAACGAAUCUUUCAAAGGCAUCCUACGAACCAAUAGCAACCACCCUCCGGUGGAAGCAGGAAGAUGUCUCGGCCACUGUCAUCCAAAAGGCUUAUCGGAGCUAUGUGCUGCAUCGUUCCUUAAUGCUCUCCAGCCCCUUGAGUGUGUCCAGGGCCAGGGAGGAAGCUAUGCCAUCUCCAGGUGAAGGCUUUGUUGAAAUGAUGGCAGGUGACAAUGGCGUGCUCCCCAACAAAUCAGAAACUGCAUCUGCCACAUCUUUCCCACCAUCCUAUGAUAGUGUCACCAGAGGUCUUAGUGACAGAGUCUGCCUUAGCCCAUCCAGCUCAAUGCAAAAUGAAGGCAAAGCCACCAGGAAGGAGGGGGAUGUCCCAGGGCCCCAAUGA